AUGUCGUCGUAUCUAAACAACCUCCUUACAAACACAACCUCGCGUUACAACAACCUUCGGCGACAGAUCCUCUCCGACGAGGCAGACGGCGACACAGAGGACGACUCUCAUCUUUCAAGAGUACUCCGUGCAUACUAUACAGAAAAAGGCAGGCCAUUCCCUCAAUGGCUUCCACCCGACCCAAAAGCUCCCCAGGCUGCGCCGCCCGCACAGUUCGCCUCUUCGUCGCUCCGACAACAAGGACAGGCAUCGCAAAUGGGUCGCGGAGGAGGGGGACUCAGCGAUCUCUGGGAUAAUCCGCCGCAACAACAAGCACAGGAACCGCUAUCACUACGCCGGCCAGCGACAGGAGGUCGUGGAGCUCGUCCCAUGCAAGGCCGACCCAUGGGCAACUCUCUGACGCCAGAGCCUCAAAGUCAAGGCAGACCAUUGCCGAGUCAACGAGCUGGAAGCUACCAGAGCUCUUUGGGGGGGCGCCCGCCAGCAGAAGCUUCACCACCCCCGAGCGCCGGAACAGGAUCAGGCACUUCAGCACAGGAAAGGCUCAAAGCCAGAUUAUGGGGAAGAUCACAGAGUCCAGCACAGCGCGGCAACGAACAAUCCGCCCCCCAGGGUGGUCGAGCACCCUAUCCCGACGAACGGAGCAACAGCUAUGGCAGCGCUGAUAGUGGUGGUGGCGGGCGACAGCAGGCCUCAUACGGCAUGUCGUCAAACUCCCCAUGGAGUGGCGGCGACGACCCAUAUGCGCCACAGAGUGGAGGAGGAUACGGUAACGCACCACCACCACAACGCGGACCACAAGGUGGACGCAUGGGAUUGCCUAGCGGGCCGCGCAUGCGCUGA